GUAGGAUGUAGCAGCUAAAGAGCCAAAGUAUUUGCAAAUAAAAUAAAUUCUGAGAGCAAUUUGUGCUUGUCCAUCAGCACAUAAAGUGACUUGGGUGGUGUAUUAUUUAGUCUUGUCUUGCCUCUCCCCAUAGUUGAAAAUACCUUAAAAUAAUAUACAUCAUAAAAUCUCUCAUGAGUCGAUGGGAGAGUCUUACAACUAAAUUGAAAAUAGUUCGUAGAUCGGCUUAAAACUCAUCUUUUGCGAAAUUUUCACAUUUCAAAAAACAACUAUAAAAUUUUCGAGGUAGCACCGCAAUAUCUGUGUUAAAUCCCACACUUUUUGCCACUUGGCGCUUUAAACCACCGACCACCACUUCAUUCGGUUGCAUUACAUGUCGAAGUUGUUCCGUGAUUUCGGCAAUUGACUGCGAAAACUUUUUAUCUCUCGAUAUUCCCCUGCCAUAGAAAGUAUCAGCAAUGGACGAUUUGGACAAGGAGCAAGUUGCCCUUCUGAAAAAGGCAUUCGAUGCCUUCGAUCAAGAAAAACAGGGAUUUAUUGAAGCCACGAUGGUGGGUACAAUCCUCGGAAUGUUGGGCCACCAGCUGGACCAGAAGAUGUUGGAUGAGAUCAUAGCUGAGGUAGAUGCUGAUGGAUCUGGUCAGAUUGAGUUUGAGGAGUUCGCCACCCUGGCUGCUCGGUUCCUGGUUGAAGAGGAUGCUGAAGCCAUGCAAGCAGAGCUGAAAGAGGCCUUCCGUCUAUAUGAUAAGGAGGGCAAUGGCUACAUCACAACUGGUGUCCUUCGGGAAAUCCUGCGGGAGCUCGAUGACAAAAUAACUGAAGAAGAUUUAGACAUGAUGAUUGAGGAAAUUGAUUCUGAUGGUUCGGGAACCGUGGACUUUGAUGAAUUCAUGGAGGUUAUGACUGGUGAAUAAAUCCCUCAUCGUGGGCAAUCAAUCAGUGGGGACAAGGAAGAGUGGCAAAUUUUCACAUUAAGCAAAUCUUUUUAAUCAACUGUAAAUUGCUCGAUCGAAUACCAAAAAUAAAUCCAUUCGAAAAUAAAUUCUGUAUAAAUGAUUAUAAUUAAUUCAAUUUAUAUAAUUAAACGUGUACAUCUAUGA